AUGUUGGUCUCGGGACUUCCCACUACAGAGAGGAAGGUCGCCGCAGAGAAGUGGGAAAGGUGCCAAGGGCAGCUGAGGGAGGAGGCGGCUCUCCUUCGCCAGAUCAUGGAGGAGUGGUCCACCCUAAAGCCUUUUGGAGCGGGAGCGGCCGCGCAGAACGGAGGAGGCAAAGUCAACAUGCUUGACGAUUUUGCCAGCAUGGCAGUGGCGCCGGCUGCACGACCCCAUCGUGCAGAAGAAGAGGUGAAGGCAGCGCCUGUGUGGGACGGCGUCAUCGCUCCACCCUCGCCGCGCGACCGGGGCCGAGAGGUCCAUAAGCCACCGGCCCGGGCGCGCGUCGGCUCCGGACCCUCAGGCGGGCUCGGUGGCGGGCUCGGCAACAAUGCGGACCUUCCCGGCUGGGCCCAGGGACGAGUGCAGGAGGCACCGGCACGUCGCGAAAUCCCCAGACGCUCGCCCGGGAGGCAAGAUGAGCGAUCGGCCGGCCCCGGUUCCCGAAGGAACGCCGGGGUACCUCCUGCAGGCCCGUCCGGCGGUGGUGGCGCCGGAGGCGGUGGUAGCGGAUCCCGGAACUACAAAAAGCCUUGGAUGGACAACGUCCCGGCCACCAAAGGCGUCCGCGAAGAGGGCCGCGGCAAGGGCGCCGAAGCCGGAUCGUUCCUCGAGCACAUCUACGGAUCCGGUGGGAAUGGGCCCGACGCAGACCUGAUACAGAACAUCGAGAGGGACUGCGUGGACAAAUGCCCAUCUGUGACGUGGGAGUCCAUCGCGGGCCUGGAGCAAGCGAAGUCCUUGUUGGAAGAGGCGGUGGUGCUUCCUCUGGUGAUGCCGGAGUAUUUCCAGGGCAUCCGCAGGCCGUGGAAGGGCGUGUUGAUGUUUGGCCCACCCGGAACCGGGAAGACUCUCCUGGCCAAGGCUGUGGCAACGCAAUGCUCCACAUCCUUCUUCAACGUUUCUGCAUCGACCAUGGCGCUCAAAGAAGGCCGCGUUCCUGAGCCGCAGGAGGGCGACAGGAAGGUUCUCAUCGAUCUCUACCCCUUCGCACAGCCAGAGAGUCUCUACACUGGGAUACCUGCCAGGGCCGGUGUAAGCGGUUGCCAGGCAGUGCUGAUUCUGACCACGACGGCACACCCGGCAUCGUGUGUCGCAGGGCGCUCCUUCAAUGACCCGAUCCACGUCCUUCAGGAUCGGGAGAGCAUUCGAUGGCACAUGGGCAGGCGGGGCGAGGCAUUGUGA